AUGGCAUCCGGCGAGAAAAUUGUAGAUUACCACGAGAAGAGUGGCUCGCCUGCCGCUUCCUCUGCGGAGCCUGUCGACACGGGUCACGUGUCUAAGAGAAGGGUGCUGCCAGGUUUUAGCCUUGCAGUUCGUCAGGAGGCAAGCAGCUUUGCGAGAUCGAAGAAUGCGUCCAAUGCCGACUUCGAUCCGAUACCCCCUUCGAAGCGGACAUGGAAUUGGGGCGCCUACGUUGCCUACUGGAUGGCAGAUGCGUGGGCCGUGUCUAACUGGGAAGUUGCCUCUUCAAUGAUUGCUGUCGGCCUCGAUUGGAAAAUGGCCAUCGGCGCCUGCGUACUCGGCAACACCAUCAUGGGUCUUGUCAUUACCAUCAACGGGAGGAUGGGAGCCACCCUUCAUACUCCGUUCCCUGUACUUGCACGUAUGCCGUUUGGCUACUAUUUCGCACAAUUCGUCGUCUUGUCCCGCUGCGUCCUUGCUAUUGUAUGGCUUGGUGUUCAGACAGUGACAGGCGGUCAAUGCAUGUCCGUGUUGCUCACAGCUAUAUGGCCCAGCUUCGCAAAUAUCCCCAACCACAUUCCAGAAGGCCAGGGCAUCACCACAUCUGGAAUGGUCGGCUUUCUGCUCUACUUUUUACUACAGAUUCCCUUCUUAUGCAUUCCGUACACCAAGGUUCAAUACUUCUUUGCUUUCAAGAGUGUCAUCGCACCAAUUGUCUUUUUAGCCGUGUUUGGGGAUACAUUGCGCAGGGCCGGAGGUACUAUCAGUAAAAGCACAGUCAUAACCGAGGGCACUCACGUCCACGGCUCGGUCCUUGCUUGGGCCUUCUUUGGAAAUCUUAACGGAGUGCUUGGCAACUACGCAACACUGGGCCUGAACAUCGCCGAUUUCUCGAGAUACGCAAACAAGCCCAGUGCGCAGAACGUCCAGGCUAUCGUCAUCCCAGUCAUCUUCACCAUCGUCGGCCUCCUGGGCAUCUUCACCGCUGCAUCCGCCCAGACAGCUUACGGCGAGGUAAUGUGGAACCCCAUCGACAUCAUCCACAAAUGGAUGGACUCCGGCUCCCACGGCGGCCGCGCAGCCGCCGCCUUCGCCGCAAUCGGCCUCAUCAUCGUCACCCUCGGCAUCAACAUCUCCGCCAAUUCCAUCAGCGCCGCAAACGACCUCAUGUCCUUCGCCCCAAAGUACAUCAACAUCCGCCGCGGCCAACUCCUCGCUGCAGUGAUCGGCUCCUGGGCGUUCGUCCCCUGGAAGAUCCUCGCUUCUGCCGCAAAGUUUCUGGCUUUCCUCGGUGGCUAUACCAUCUUCUUGGGGCCCAUGACGUCCAUCUUGAUUACGGAUUACUACAUCGUGAGGAGAGGAAAGGUUUCCGUCCCGGACAUGUACUACUUCCACGGCAUAUACCGCUACUCCCCAAAAUUCGCGAGCAACUGGCGCGCCGUCGCCGCCUUCUUCAUAGGAUGUAUUCCGCCGCUGCCCGGGUUCGUAAAUAACAUCGUUGUCGCAGGCCAGGGUACCACCAGCGUGUCUCUCGGCGGCCAGCACCUUUUCGCAAUCGGCUACAUCUACUCCUUCAUCGCCGCCGGCGUCUUCUACUACUCCUUCAACCGCUUCGUCCCGCACCCCGAGUCGAUGCUCGACCGCGCAGACACAGGCGAGGACAUCAUCGCCGCGCAGGACGCCAAAAACGUGCAGGAGCGCCGCGGCAGCUGGUCGGAGCACAAGCCGAAUAUCGUGUCGAGGAUGUUCACCGUCUAG